AUGAAGCCGACUACAAGGCUGCUCGCGCCCGGCUUCCUGAAGCGGAGCUUGGAGGAGCUGAAGAGAUAUACAAAUAUUGUCAUAAAACAGGAAACCAUUUACGGACCAUCAGGGCCAUAUGAGCUGGUUAACUUUGCGGACCCCAGCUCAAUCACUGCAUGCAAGACCAUGUCGGAUGUCGAUAUUGGAGGAUUUUCAGAAGUUGCCUUAGAUCAUGUGCCAGGAAGCAAUGACGAGCCCGCACAUGCGCGCUUUCACGGGUCUAUAUCUGUCGAACUUCCACCAGAUAGGCCCGAAGUUCAUCGGACAGGCUACGCUGCCUGGCGCACGAAAGAUAGGCCUCCAAGUAUAUUUGGAAAGAGCCUGUGGGAUAUCGAUCCGUAUACUUAUGUCGCACUCAGAGUGAAGUCAGAUGGACGGAAAUAUUUUGUCAAUGUUCAGACAGAGUCAAUCGUGCCUACAGAUAUACAUCAGCACCGCCUCUAUACUCGAAAGCCUGGGCAAUGGGAGACAGUACUUAUCAAGUGGAACGACUUUGUCCGUACCAAUCAUGGGGUUGUCGUGGAACCGCAAUCCGAAAUGCUUCGGCAAAGAGUGCGUACAAUAGGAAUUGGAUCGAUAGAUAGGCUUCCCGGCCCUUUUGAUCUUUGCAUAGGCCGGAUAUGGGCUACCAACAAAUUGACCGAAGAAGAACUUCGGGAGGAUGAUAGACUCGAUCAGAACAUCCCUUGGAAAGGAGACACUGCAGAAGGAACGCAACGACUUCGAAGAACCAACCAUUAA